AUGGUGAAGUCUUUGGCGUCGACGGCGGUGCCAAUGCUGGAGACGGAGCAAUCCGCUUUGUCACCUUUACGCCCUCCGAGACCGCAGGCUUGGACGGAACGUCCCCUUCCUCUACCGACGACGGAGCUUCCGACACACCCGUUUCUCUCAACAAGAACAACAACAACAAAAGAUCAUGUCGCCAAUGACGAAGAUGCGACCAGCGGCCUGAAGGAUCCAAAGGAGAAACAGUGUGAUAUUCAACCUAUCGAAGUUUGCAUAUCGGCGUUUGAUUCCAUUGGCGCCAGCGAAGUUCGCUGGGGAGGCAUCGCAGCUUGCGCAAAGGCAGUGACCCAAGGGUGCGCAUAUGCCAGCACCAAAUGUGAAACCCUUGCUACUGAGAACCAGAGUCUUCGGGCGGCGAUGGAAAACACCUUGGAGUCGGCGCAGUGCCAAACCUGCCAGGAUGAGUCGCCCGAGUGCAAUGCAAAAUUGGUGGAUGAAGGACAUGUUACCAAUUUGCUACGAGUCGAAUUGGAGCAGCAAAAGCUUACAGAUGCAUUCAACGCUAUUGAUUUGUUGAUCAAUCUUGCUGCUGAGAAAUUGUCUGAAGGAAUAGAAAAAGUGGUGGACCACUUCCAAACCUCACUAAAUCAGAAAGGCAGACUCCUCGAGAACUUGACAAAUGCAUUCAACAACGCCACUGCAGAUGUUCCACCAGAAGACGGAGGAGUCUUCCUAUUGGCAGAAGAUGCUGACUUGACCGCUCAUUUGAAUGCCAACAUUGACGGCGCCAUCGAGAUUAUCCGUGAACUUGAAAAGAUGUGUGUUAUAGACGAUAGCUACUGCAUUGGACGGUUAAAUUACUACACACGCAAAGACCUUAGCUUGAUUUCUGAACAAGCGUGCUUGGAUGACCUCCGAGAAGGCCGGUUUGGGCCCAGCAAGCGGACGUGUCCAAUGUGA